CAGGCAGAAAAAAAGAAGAAAAACUCAGGUGGCAAAUAUUUGCCGGUGAGUUCGUCAAAACAAAGACACUAAAAGGAACCAGCAUGGGAAAUACCACCAGUAGCGCAAUAUCAAAGGAGAUCCUGGAGGAUCUGAAGCUCAACACCAAAUUCACUGAAACUGAGAUUUCCCAGUGGUACGAGAACUUUCAGACGCAGUGCCCAACGGGACGAAUCACGCCAGAAGAGUUCGAGCAGAUCUACGCUCGCUUUUUUCCAGACAGCGAUGCCAAGAGCUACGCACGACAUGUGUUCCGCUCCUUUGACACCAACGAUGACGGCACUUUGGACUUCAAGGAGUACAUCAUCGCACUGCACAUGACCUCCACUGGGAAGACUACCCGAAAACUUGAGUGGGCCUUCUCGCUGUUUGAUGUGGACAAGAACGGAUACAUCAACAAGACAGAAGUGACGGAGAUCUGUCAGGCCAUAUUUAAGCUGAUCCCAAAGGAGGAGCAGGCCAGGCUACGAGAGGAUGAGAACACACCCGAGAAGAGAGCCAACAAGCUGUGGUCUUACUUCGAAAAGAAAGACAACGAGCGACUGGCUGAAGGCGAGUUCAUCAAAGGAGUGAUUGAAAAUGAGAAUGCAAUGCGUCUUAUCCACUACGAACCAAUGAAACAAUAAAGUAAUUCCUCUUUCGUCCCCUCCUUCUUUCUCUCAUUAUACUCUUUGAAACUUUUAUUUUCCCCUCUCAGACGUUUUCUUCCCUCCUCUUUCAUCCACUUUGUGUAAA